AGUGUCGACCACCGUAGUGCGUGGGACAUGGCUAAAAAGAGGGGAUUCGAAGAUUUUUCAACAUUAAAUCAUGUUUAUUUAAGAGUAUUACGGUAAAUUAAUCUCAUAAGGUUAGUUUUGCUAACGUAUAAAAAUGAAGACUGCAUUAAUGGUGGCUGAGAAGCCCUCUCUGGCUGCCUCGCUUGCCAAUAUACUAAGCAAUGGCAGGUGCUCAUCGAGAAAAGGAUUGAAUGGGUCUUGCUCCGUUCACGAAUGGACGGGCCAGUUUAAAUCAGAGGCUGUAAACUUCAAGAUGACAUCUGUCUGCGGUCAUGUAAUGAGUUUAGACUUUCUUGGAAAAUACAAUAAUUGGGACAAAGUGGACCCUGCAGAAUUAUUCUCAUGUCCUACCGAGAAGAAGGAAGCUGUGCCCAAAUUGAAAAUUCCGUACUUCCUGGCGAAGGAAGGAAGUCAUUGUGACUAUCUCGUUCUGUGGCUUGAUUGCGACAAGGAGGGUGAAAAUAUCUGCUUUGAGGUUAUUCAUGCGGUACAACAAGGAAUGAGCCACAAAUUGAAUCCCAAUGAUAUCUGGCGUGCUCGAUUUUCUGCCAUUACAGAGAAGGAUAUCAAAGCUGCAUUGAAUACUUUGGUAAAGCCAAAUGAAAAUGAAGCACGAAGUGUAGAUGCUCGUCAAGAACUUGAUCUGCGGAUUGGUUGUGCUUUUACACGCUUUCAAACAAAAUUCUUUCAGGGAAAAUACGGCGACUUAGAUGCAUCUCUGAUAUCGUAUGGUCCUUGUCAGACGCCAACUUUAGGCUUUUGUGUUCAACGCCAUGACGAAAUACAAACUUUCAAGCCCGACGCAUAUUGGAUUCUUCAGGUGUCUGUUAAAUCAGUGGAUGGUCAAGACGUAUCGUUACACUGGAGUCGUGUUAGAUCCUUUGACAAGGAAAUCGCUACAAUUUUCUUAACCCAAGUUAAAGAAUACGAUCAGGCAAAGGUCUUGAGCGUGCAGAGUACAGAGAAGGCAAAGCCAAGGCCAAUUGCCCUUAACACCGUUGAAUUGAUGCGAAUAGCCAGUUCUGGAUUGGGAAUGGGACCACAUCAUGCUAUGCAGAUCGCUGAACGCCUUUACACUCAGGGAUACAUAAGCUAUCCUCGAACAGAGACCACGUCUUAUUCUGAAAACUUUGAUUUAAUAGGAACGCUGAGGCAGCAGCAACACAGCUCGGAAUGGGGAGACGAAGUACGGAGGAUUCUAUCGGUGGGUAUAAAUAAACCGAAGAAGGGUCAUGAUGCAGGGGACCAUCCACCAAUCACCCCGAUGAAACACGCAUCUAGGAACGAGCUGGAUGGAGACGCGUGGAGGUUGUACGACUACAUCACCAGACACUUUAUUGCCACGCUCGCUGGUGAUUGCAAGUACCUUAGUACCACGGCGAAGUUCGAAAUUGGCACGGAGAUAUUCACAGCGACGGGUCACUCGUUAAUAGAUCCUGGAUACACCAGUAUUCUCACUUGGCAGACCCUCGGUGCCAACGAGACGCUGCCGAAAUUCUCUGUCGGUGACAGAGUCAACAUCCAAGAAGCCAAGAUGGUGGAAUGCUACACGCAGCCGCCUGAUUACCUCACCGAGUCGGAGCUAAUUUCGCUGAUGGAAAAACAUGGAAUUGGCACCGAUGCCUCCAUUCCGGUGCACAUAAAUAACAUAUGCAUCCGCAACUAUGUCACCGUAGUGGCUGGGAGGAAACUGGUCCCGACGUCGCUUGGUAUCGUGCUGGUCCAUGGUUACCAGAAGAUAGACCCGGAGCUGGUGCUGCCGACGAUGAGGUCUGCCGUGGAGGAACAAUUGAAUCUGAUCGCACUCGGUAGAGCUGACUUCCACGCUGUCCUGCAGCACACCGUGGAGAUCUUCAAGCAGAAGUUCUACUAUUUCGUGCAAAGCAUCGACGCCAUGGACCAGCUGUUCGAGGUGACGUUCUCCCCGCUGUCCGCGUCCGGAAAAUCCCAUUCUCGGUGCGGCAAGUGUCGGCGGUACAUGAAGUAUAUACAGACGAAGCCGUCUCGACUGCACUGCUCCCACUGCAACGAAACGUACAAUCUACCGCAGAAUGGUAAUAUUAGGAUCUACAAGGAGUUGAAGUGUCCACUCGACGACUUCGAGCUGUUGUCCUGGUCUACCGGGACCCGCGGCAAAAGCUACACCUUCUGCCCUUAUUGCUACAACAACCCACCCUUCAGGGACAUGAAGAAGGGAAUGAGCGGCUGCAACUCCUGCACCCAUCCGACCUGUCCCCAUGGGAUGAACUCCAAUGGGAUAUCCAGCUGUCCGGAGUGCGACUCCGGCAUCCUCGUCCUGGACCCUUCGGCAGCGCCCAAGUGGAAGUUGGGCUGCAACAGGUGUGACGUGAUCAUACACCUAUUCGAAAACGCGCACAAAAUUACUGUAGACUCGGAGGUCUGCGACUGCGGCGCACAGAUGGUCACAGUCGAGUACAAGCAGGAUAAAAGCAAGCUGCCGAACGAAGCCACCGAGAUGACGGGCUGUGUCUUUUGUACCCCGGCCUUCAUGUCGUUGGUGGAAAAACACAGAGCGGUCGCCUCGAAGCCGGUGGCCACCCGAGGUCGAGGUCACGCGAAAGGUCGCAGUCGGGGCAAGCCCAGACCCCCCAAGGACAAGAUGGCACAGCUCGCGGCUUACUUCGUCUAAUCCUCUGUCAUAUGUCUCUCCAUCCAUCUCGCAUCUCACCUUUCCCCUGCGAAGCCUACGGCAACGACGGCAUUCGCCCAGGUAAUCGACGCUCAAGUUUAACCUGGCCACCCACGUAACGGUAGAACAUGGCGAUUUAUGAUCUAUGUAAUUCAUUGGAAUUUUGUCACGUGGGCGGUUUAGAGAUACUGCGUCACUAGUUAGUUCGAGUUCCUGCCACAUGGCACGUUUCAGGCAUCCAUCUCGCAUCUCACCUUUCCCCUGCGAAGCCUACGGCGACGACGGCAUUCGUCCAGGUAAUCGACGCUCAAGUUUAAGCUGGCCACCCACGUAACGAUAGAACAUGGCGAUUUAUGAUCUAUGUAAUUCAUUGGAAUUUUGUCACGUGGGCGGUUUAGAGAUACUGCGUCACUAUUUAGUUCGAGUUCCUGCCACAUGGCACGUUUCGGGCUGUCUUUUGUACCCCGACCUUCGUGUCGUUGGUGGAAAAGCACAGAGUGGUCGCCUCGAAGCCCGUGGCCACCCGAGAUCGAGGUCACGCGAAUUCAUUACGUAAUUCAUUCUAAUUUCUUCACGUGGGCGGUGUACAUACCUGCGUCACUAUUUAGUUCGCGUUCCCGCCACAUGGCACGUUUCGCGCUGUGUCUUUUGUACCUAGACCUUCGUGUAGUUGGUUGAAAAGCACGUUUCAGGCUGUGUUUUUUGUACCCCGACCUUCGUGUCGUUGGUGGAAAAGCACAGAGUGGUCGCCUCGAAGCCCGUGGCCACCCGAGGUCGAGGUCACGCGAAUUCAUUACGUAAUUCAUUCUAAUUUCUUCACGUGGGCGGUGUACAUACCUGCGUCACUAUUUAGUUCGCGUUCCCGCCACAUGGCACGUUUCGCGCUGUGUCUUUUGUACCUAGACCUUCGUGUAGUUGGUUGAAAAGCACGUUUCAGGCUGUGUUUUUUGUACCCCGACCUUCGUGUCGUUGGUGGAAAAGCACAGAGUGGUCGCCUCGAAGCCCGUGGCCACCCGAGGUCGAGGUCACGUGAAUUCAUUACGUAAUUCAUUCUAAUUUCUUCACGUGGGCGGUGUACAUACCUGCGUCACUAUUUAGUUCGCGUUCCCGCCACAUGGCACGUUUCGCGCUGUAUCUUUUGUACCUCGACCUUCGUGUAGUUGGUUGAAAAGCACGUUUCGGGCUGUGUUUUUUGUACCCCGACCUUCGUGUCGUUGGUUGAAAAGCACAGAGCGGUCGCCUCGAAGCCGGUGGCCACCCGAGGUCGAGGCCACGCAAAAGGUCGCAGUCGCGGCAAACCCAGACCCCCCAAGGACAAGAUGGCACAGCUCGCGGCUUACUUCGUCUAAUCCUCUGUCAUAUGUCCCUCCAUCCAUCUCGCAUCUCACCUUUCUCCUGCGAAGCCUACGGCGACGAUGGCAUUCGCUCAGGUAAUCGACGCUCAAGUUUAACCUGGUUACUCACAUAACGGUAGAACAUGGCGAUUUAUGAUCUAUGUAAUUCAUUGGAAUUUUGUCACGUGGACGGUUUACAGAUACUGCGUCACUAUUUAGUUCGCGUUCCCGCCACAUGGCACGUUUCAACAAAGAAUUGAAAAGUCCCAUAGAAGCCCAGGGCCUGUAUUACGUAUUUUUGACGAGAGCGCUCACUUUUCGCACUUUCAUCUCACGAGAGUUUAUCCGCCGAAUUACGUAUUCGUUAUAUGAAACAACGAGAUCACUAGCAUUUCUGAUCUAGUAAUAUUGUUAAAUACAGGUAGAUACCUUGUACAUCGAAAAUCGUUGAGAGGUAGGGUGUUAUAGACAGGAAAGGCGGGAAGAUGAAAAGUCGUUAAAAGUAAAGAAUAGAACUCGAGUCUAUGAUUCACCAUUUCGCUUAAAAAUUUGUGCCGAGCUAAUUCAUAUGCAUGGUCUCGCAUUUUCACCACCAAAAACGUUCCGUAAUACCGUGGGCUACUAAUUUUUCACAUUUUCAUUCAAUUUGCUUUAUGUAAUAGACCCCCAGAUCCUAUGACAGCGUAUGAUGCUCUAAAAGAUGACUAACCAACCAGAAGAUGAUAUGAUUCACCAUUUCGCUUAAUAAUUUGUGCCGAGCCUAUUCAUAUGAAUGGUCUCGCAUUUUCACCACCAAAAACGUUCCGUAAUACCGCGAGCUACUAAUUUUUCACAUUUUCAUUCAAAUUGCUUUAUGUAAUAGACCCCCAGAUCCUGUGACAGCGCAUGAUGCUCUAAAAGUUGACUAACCAACCAGAAGGGGGGGUAAAAGAAAAAACGCAUAUGUUAGCCAACGAUAUCUCACAUACGGGAGGAACAGAGACGCAUAUAGAAAGGCGAGUAUUGUGUGUAAGAUGAGGAAAGAAUACAAUUCGCUAUGUAUCGCCAUAAGAUUAAGAGAGAUGGAGAGAUGAUUACAGCGCCGCCAUCCGUUGGCUAACGUACUAUUUAUCGAGCAUCAAACGUCCGUAUCCUUUUGGGCUUCUAUGGAAAUUUCUGAAUUCUUUGGUGCCAAUAAAACUGUGCAACCGCGGGUGGAAAAAUAAAUUGAAAAAAUUAAGUUGUUCCGGUAAACUAUGUACGAUAAGAUACCGGAAAAGAUUCGCUAUACACGCGUCAGUUAAAAUCUGUAUAGAUCGGUUUGCGCAGAGCUAUCGGAAUUAUUUAUCAUUCUAAGGGUACCUUAAGGUGAAGUGAAACAGGUGGAGGAACUAGAUCGACGAUCGGUAAAUAGAGAUUUUUCUAAAUACCUACGUUGCCGACGUUCGUUUUUAUAUCGAGAGCUGGGUCUAAUUAUAUUGAAUAUUGUGCCAAAUGGCACACUUCAUCUGUCGUUUUCGUACAAUAAUUAUAAAGGAAUCGAAGUAAAACUCCGGAAAUCCUCUAGAUUUAUGGUCUCUGAGGUCCUAAGUGACUACAGAGGGUCCCCUGCGCCAUCUGUGAUUUUGCGUGUCAACUAAAUUUUCACUCCGGGACCUCACAUUCCUAUCGUUUUAGCACAAAAGCGCUUAAGACACUUUUUUUUGCCUUAUCCCGUUCAAAUGCGAGUUUAUCGAUUACGGGAGUAUUCUGACAUAAGAUUAUCCUGACACUUUCGUUUCUCAUAUGAGAAGCCUUCAAUAAUUAUAUAUUGAUCGAAGUAUGAGAGCUCGAC